AUGUACGACAUCUCCAUGAUCACGACCACGUAUAUUGCUGUAGUACGUUGUUUCUGCGUUGUUCGGCCGCUGAGAUUCAAGUCUACGUUCACAGCCAAGAGGACUGCUUGGUCGUUGCUUGCCAUAUGGAUCUGCACGCUGAUUCCUUACCUUCCUCUGUACGUGUUGGGAAGUAUAACAAGGCAGCAGGGCGCCAACAGCAGCAGCUUUUCCGUGAUCGUAGAGUACCGGGAGGGCUGGUCGGAGGCCAAGGCUGUCAACGACGCCGUGAGUAGGGUCGUCGUCCCCAAUGUCACGCUCGUUGUCGUCAUCAUCUGUCUUUUCCUUCUCUCCUCCUCUCUCGUGCGUGCCUCCAAGUUCCGCUCGCAAGCGAUUGGUCAAGGAACCAAGAACACAUCAAAGUCUGCCCCUAUAGAAGCAUUGGUGUCACUUGAUGCCCCUCAGCAGGCAGUCAGUUUGUCGGAUGAAGAUCGUGCUACGCGAACAACUUCAACUGCUGCUGAACGUUCGGCACAUAUCCCGUAUUCUAACACACAUAACUCUGUAAACCAUGAGACAUCCAACAAACCAAACAUGGAGUCUGAUCCGAGCAAAGGUUCUGAGAGUUCCAGAAACCACACCAAGAGCCCUACUAAACCACACGACACACUCGAGUCCACAAAUAAUAAAGACUCAAAUAAGACAAGGAAACAGAACUUUGGAAACACGGCGAUCACAUCUCAAAGCAAAGCCAAAAGGUCGAACAAAGAACAACAAGUUGUCAAAAUGGUCGCCCUCUUGUCUGUCAUCUUUGUAAGUUGCAACCUGCCGUUAGCGCUCAUCGCUCUGUCCCGGCUAGUGGAGCCAGAGUUUGACCUGGGCCGGAGGUACAGCAACCUGUUCGCCGUUGUCGGUAUCGUGGGUAACUUGUCCCUGUAUCUGAACGUGUCGGUCAACUGCCUGGUGUACUAUCUACACAACAGCAAGUAUAGGAUGAUAGUGCGAGCCUGGUGUGGGCGGACACAUAUAUAG